CAACGAUCUCUUUCAAGUUUCCAUUUCUUCGCCAGACGUGCAGCUGCACAAUGUCCACCCCCGACCCCUACUCGCUGCAGGCUCGGCGCCACAUUCCCUACUUGUCCUUCCACAAAUCACUCAUCCGCACCAUAUGUCGCCCUCAGCAAGAUGACCUGCUCAUCAUCGCCAAGGGGCUGGGACUCAGGAGAGUAGUAUGUGCGCUGCUAAAGACCUAUGACAGGCGGGAAGAUCUGGUUCUUGUGGUUGGCGCGACCCCAGCUGACGAGGCGGGUAUCGGAGAUGAACUAGGGAUCAUGGGCGUCAGAGACCCGGGAUUCAAAGUAGUCGGUUACGAGAUGCACGCGAAGGAAAGAGAAGAAAUGUACCGACAUGGAGGUCUUUUCUCGGUGACGAGCAAGAUUCUCGUCAACGACCUACUCAGUAUGCGCACGAUCGAGCUGUCUUACAUGUGCUGAUUGGUUAAAAGAGGGAACAUUGCCCUGCAAACUCAUAACAGGCCUCGUAAUUCUGCACGCUGAAAGAAUUUCACAUGGCAGCCAGGAAGAGUUUGCUGUCCGUCUCUACCGGCGAGAGAAUCAAAGCGGCUUUUGCAAAGCAUUCUCUGAUGAGCCCGAAAUCUUUGCCCACGGCAUGUCUCCACUCAAAGACAUGCUCGUCAACCUCAACAUGAAUUCGGUUCUCAUUUGGCCUCGUUUCAAUGAAGCCGUUAAGAUGGAUCUGUCGAGUCGGAGGGCAGAUGUAGUGGAGAUGUAUAUCCCGAUGACGGAUCUGAUGAGGCAGUGUCAGGAUGCUAUCACAGAGUGUAUGGAAGCGAUGUUGGUGGAAUUAAAGAGAGAUCAUUCUCUGAAUCUUGAUCUGGAAGACAUCAACGUCCGCAACGCCCAAUUCAAGAACUUUGACACCAUCGUCAGAAUGAAGCUCAAGCCGGUCUGGCAUAAAGUCGGAGCAAAGACAAAGAUCCAUGUAGCUGCUCUUGCUGAGCUUCGAAAUUUGCACACCUGGUUACUCGAAUACGACUCUGCGACUUUUGCUUCCUACAUCAACACACUUCAACGCCAGCAUUACAACGCCGAAAAGGUCACCACGGGCCCUGCUCGACAUGUCCAUGAUUGGUUCAAUGCCAAAGCCGCUGCUACGCUCGUCGAAGCCUCACAGGGGCGUUUAUCAAGAAAGAAGCUCGAGAUGGAUAACAUUCCCCAAGAAGACGAAGGGGAAUUUGGGGAGGAGGAGGCUGUGAUGAGGGAAGAAGAGCGUCGAGAGCGGGAACGCCGAGAAGGGGACAGCGUGAUGAGGGACAAUGAUGAGGAGGAUAUCAUGGAGGUCUUUGCUACCCAGACUCAAGUCGUCCCCCAGAGUCGGUCAAACAGGGACGAUAACGGAGACGAAGAGCAACCCAUUAUUGAGGACGACGAGAACGCAGACGAGACCUUGCGUUCCGCCGAAGGACCUCCUCCGCCCGUUUUCCGUCCUGUCAUGGUUGGUGUCCAAGACGACCUUCGAGCUAGCGUCAAGAAGAGAUUACGGAAAGGACACGAAGCGGUUCUGGAAGAACAGCCCAAGUGGGGCGUCCUCGGCAAAGUCUUGAAGGAGAUUGAAGAUACCAUCGCCCGAGUCUCCGAAACGCACGCCGACGCGCCGGGUACCAAUAUCACCCUCAUCAUGACUUCCUCCGACCGCACCUGUCUCCAACUCCGGCAAUACCUCACCACCAUGGCCAAGACUGAUCCGCCUUUCGGGCCGAAUGCGGGGAAGAGAAUGAUGGAGUCUUUGUUCUUGUCGAAUUGGCAGCAUGAAAAGAAUGGGCAGAGGCUGGAUGGCAAGGCUGGGAGCAAGGCGGGUAUGAGGAUGCAUAGGAAGGGCGAUGAUGAGGUGAAUGCUAGGGGAGACAUUGAAAAGCAGAGAUCGGAGGAGGCGAGGAGGGCUGAGAGGGGGAGGGGGAGGGGCGUACCGAGUUAUAAGAGAAGGAGGCAGAGGGGCGGGUCUGUUGCCCCAGCUCCGAGAUUGGCAGACAUGGAAAGAGAGCAUAGAGAGGCGAUGAUGAAGGCACACUCUGCGUUUGCUGGCGGUGAAGAAGAUGAAGAUGCGCAGAUGCAAUGGGCUAUCGGGGAAUCAUCUCGAGCCGGACAAGACCCAGCAUCUGCCCUCCUCACUUCAUCCGGCAUCAUAGACGAAGAUGACCUCCAGCCUUUACCGCCCGGCACCCUUCCCUCAGACCCGGUCUUGGGCGCCGAUUCGGCAUCCUACGGACUGAUGCCUGAGAACUUUGAGGAAGAGUACGGGCUGAUAGCCCCGGAGGAUGCUGUAGUUAUCCGACCUUAUGGGGGAGAGGAUGAUGAUAUUUUGCUACAGGAACUGAGACCGAGAUUUGUGGUGCUCUAUGAGCCCAACUUGGCGUUCAUUCGACGGCUAGAAGUGUACAAGAAUUGCAACCCAGGACUGUCUCUUCGUGUAUAUCAAAUGAUAUACACCAACUCAUUCGAAGAAGACCGUUUCCUCUCCACGAUCCAAAGAGAAGCCGAAGCUUUCAAAAAGCUCAUCGACGACAGGCAGUCGAUGGUCAUACCUAUCUACAACAACAAUCCCCGAGCGCCUAUGCGAGAUACAUUCACCAGAUCAAAAACGACUUAUUCGUCGCGAAAUGCUGGCGGUGGAGAGGGCGCUUCAGAGUCACGAAUCAUUGUCGAUCUACGAGAGAUCGGCGCUCUGCUCCCCUCCUUGAUCGACGCUGCCGGUAUCAAGGUCAUUCCCUGUACACUCACGGUGGGAGAUUACAUCCUGUCUCCCAAGAUGUGUGUGGAGAGAAAGAGUUUGGCCGAUUUGGAAGGCAGUUUGAAUAAUGGUCGAUUACACACGCAGUGCGAACAGAUGACUGCUCAUUACGAGACCUGCAUCCUUCUCAUCGAAUUCGAUGAAGACAAAUUCGGCAUGCGCACCAAGGAAGAUUCUCGCCGAGAGGCCGCUGGACGACCUAGCAAUAACACUCCCAACAUCAACCCCGAUGAGCCAUGGCGCCAGGACACAUUCUACAUCCAAGCCAAACUCGUUCUACUGUCUCUCCAUUUCCCAAAACUCAAGAUCAUCUGGUCUUCUUCCCCGCAAGAGACUGUACGCAUCUUGUCGGAUCUGAAGUUGAAUCAUGAUGAGCCGGAUGAGGCUACUGCCAUGCUCAAGGGAUCUAGCGAGGGAGAGCAGGGAGGAGCACUCAAGAGUGGAAUUGAGAAUGCGGCGGCUGUGGAGAUGCUUCGAUGCAUCCCCGGUGUUUCGGGUGGAAAUCUGCGAUAUGUAAUGUCCAAGGUGGAAAGUAUCGGGGAGAUGGUGAGAAUGAGCAGGAAGCAACUGAAGGAAGUGCUUGGCGAGGAGGGAGGGGACAAGGCGUAUACCUUUUUGCAUCACGACGCAAGGUUCUCGUAGGCCUCAUCUUGGGAUUGGAAAAUGCAUGUUGUAUCUCAGUACGG